GAUCACAAUAAAAAUGUGGUUUAACACGCUGGUGUUAGCUACUUUGUCGUUUUUCUUUGCAUUUUAUUAUUUUGUUGUGAGAAGACUUAAUUAUUGGAAAAGCAGAAAUGUGCCAUGUUUGAAGCCACUACCGUUUUUCGGAAAUUACAAAGACUAUAUCUUACUGCGAAAGAAAUUCUUGUUUGUUACUGAUGAAAUAUGCAAACAGUUUCCUAAUGAGUCCUACAUUGGUACUCUUUACGGUACGGAACCAACGCUUAUAGUCAAGGAUCCUAAAUUACUGAAAUUAAUAACGACACAGGAUUUCUACUUCUUCAGCGGAAGAGAAAUUUCAGAUUACAAUCAUAAGGAAACGGUGACCAACAACAUGUUCUUCCACGGUGGUGAUAAAUGGAAAGUCGUGAGACAAAAUCUAACACCACUCUUUACGUCAAUGAAAAUGAAGAAAAUGUUCCAUUUGAUUAAAAAUAUUGGUGAUUCAUUUGAAAAAGUGUUACAAGUUGAAGUUGAAUCCGCUUCGGACACCGAAAUUAAGACGCAGUUGGUCAAGUACACGUUGGAAUGCAUAUUAUCUUGUGGUUUCGGUAUUUCCGCGGAAUUAUUGCAAAGCGAAGGAAACGAUAGCAUUUUCAUUAACGUGGGAAACAGCCUGUUCGAUAAUUCAAAAACGAGACAUUUCAAAAAUAUAAUAAGAUCUAUUUGGCCGAAGUUCUUUUACGCUUUGGGCUUGAAUUUGUUCGAUCCCAAAGUUGCUCCGGUUUUUAAUAAUUUACUGUCAGACGUGUUCCAAAGUCGACUCAACAAAACUUCGAAUCGAAACGAUUUCGUCGAUUUAAUUUUGUCAUGGAAAAAUGAGAAACAUAUUUAUGGUGAUAGCUUAGAUCCUAGAAGUGACAAGAAAAUUAGCUUUGACGUUACUGAUGUAUUGCUCAUAUCGCAAUGCAUUCUCUUCUACGCAGCUGGUUUUGAAACAACGUCGGCUACUCUGAGUUUCUUGAUGUACGAACUCUCUAAGCACAGAGAUGUCCAAGACAGGUUGAUAGAAGAGGUCGAUAAUUAUUAUAAAAAACACAACGGUGUCGUUGAAUAUGAAUGUAUCGGGGAAAUGCCUUAUCUUGAUGCGUGUAUCGAUGAGGUGCUGAGGCUGUAUUUUUUAUUAUAUGUAACUCUUCAUGACCUCACGAGUCAAUACUCCCAAGACCGGAUACAGCCUCAGCACCUCAUGGAUGCACGCAUCAAGAUAAGGCAUUUCCCCGAUACAUUCAUAUUCAAUGACACCGUUGUGUUUUUUAUAAUAAUUAUCGACCUCUUCUAUCAACCUGUCUUGGACAUCUCUGUGCUUAGAGAGUUCGGACCGACACACUCAAAUACAUCAUAUGUCAGAAAAAUGCUAGCUCUGUGCUUAACAGUGACGUUUAUUAGUUUGGGUUUGUAUUUAGCAUAUUAUAGUUUAACAAGAAAACUUAAUUAUUGGAAGAAAAAAGGCGUUCCUCAUUUGAAAACAGAAACCAUUUUUGGAAAUUACAAAGAGUAUGUGUUGUUUAAGAAAUGUGCACCCAAAGUCGCUCACGAAAUUUGUGAAAAAUUUCCAAACGAACCGUACGUGGGAGUUUACUAUGGCAGUGAUCCUGCCCUUAUAGUAAAGGAUCCCGACUUGAUAAAACUGAUAUUAUCCAAGGACUUUUACUAUUUCAACCUGAGAGAGAUUUCGGAUUACACCCACAAAGAAGUUAUAACCCAAAACAUGUUCUUCACUGGCGGAGAUCAAUGGAAGGUUCUCAGACAGAACCUCAGUCCGAUGUUUUCAUCCAAGAAAUUAAAAAAUAUGUUCUAUUUAAUCGAAGUAUGUUCCAAAACAAUAAUAGAAUAUAUGCGGUCAGAAAUCCAACAUUCCAAUGUCAUUGAAGUCAGGUCUCUUCUAGCUAAAUACACAAUGGAUUGCAUAGGGAAUUGUGUCUUUGGAGUAAACACAGGAACCCUUGGCAAAAACACUGACAAUAACCCAUUUACCAUCAUGGGAAACAAAAUAUUUGAUAUCUCAACCUACAGGGGUUUCAAGAUGGUGGCACGAGCUAUGUGGCCUUCUAUAUUUUAUUCAUUGCAGUUAAAAAUGUUUUCUGAAGAUAUAAAUAAAUUCUUUCAUAAUUUACUUACAGACGUUUUUAAAACAAGGAAAUAUAAAGAGUCUGGCAGACACGACUUCGUCGAUCUUUUGCUGAGUUGGAAGCAAAAGGACUUUAUAGUUGGAGAUAGUGUGAGCAAUAAUGAAAAGGGGGAAAAAUCACAAGUACAAAUAAAAGUAGAUGAUGAAUGCCUUAUUUCACAAUGUGUCUUGCUUUUCGCGGCUGGCUAUGAGACAACGGCUACGACAACAAGCUUCAUACUUUAUGAGUUAGCUAAGCACAAAGAUGCGCAAAUACGAGUAAUUGAGGAAAUAGACGAGUAUUACGAGAGACACGAGGGUAAAAUAGAAUUCGAAUCUAUAAACGAAAUGCCGUACCUACAAGCCUGUAUAUGUGAAACUUUAAGGCUUUACCCAGUCUUAGGUGUGAUCACGAGAGAAGUGUUUGAAGAUUACACACUUCCCACUGGACUCCUAUUAGAAAAGGGCACGCGCAUUCAUAUACCUAUAUACCAUAAUCAGAUGAACACAAAAUAUUUUCCGAAUCCAGAAGAAUUUCGCCCAGAACGGUUCCUGGGUGAGGAAAAGAAGAAUAUAAAACCAUAUACGUAUUUACCAUUCGGUGAAGGACCGAGGAUGUGUAUUGGUAUGCGUUUUGCGAAGAUGCCCAUGGUCACAGCUUUACUUGCGAUAUUCAAAGACUACCGGAUCGAAACUACAGAGAGAACGCCAAAGUCGUUUGAUUUCGAACCUAGAGCUAUUUCUACACAGCCGCUUGGAGGAAUAUAUUUAAAAUUUUUGUCUCGGAAUUGAGGUCGUCUUUUUAUAUAAAAAGAUUUUGCUUAGUUACGCUAAAAAUAAACGAAGUUCCAUUUCAGACGUAUAUAAAUUAAUUAGAACGGUUUUAUAAAUUUUAAAUUGUGUGCUGGUAUUUUUUUGUUGCUUGAGAUAUAGCUGUUUGCUGGGAAAAUAAAAUAAUUAUUAAAAUA